ACUGUAGACUUGUACUUGCUAUUACGAGCACUACUACCUCCGGGGCGCUGUCGCUGCCGUGCGCGGGCGAGGCGAUCGAACUAGCGGUGGCUCUAGCAGCAUCCCCCGAUCAACCCCGCUCCCCGGCGCCCAAGCACAAUGGGUGCUGGAAGGAAGACUGAAACUUUCUACGCUGCAACACCAAGUGCACAGACACAAAAUCAAACCAAUGAAUGGUAUGGAGCCUUUUCUGUUUCUGCCCGUAAUCUUCGGGAAGAUGAGCUAGGAGGAGUGAUUUUUGGCUGCAAACACAACACGAUGAAUGAAUGCCUCUCUAAACAGCUGUUUGGUUUGCCUUCAAGCCAUUUCUCGUAUGUGAAGAAUGUUAAACCUGGCAUGCCCCUAUUUCUGUUCAAUUAUAGUGACCGAAAAAUGCAUGGAAUUUAUGAGGCUGCAUGUGCUGGCAAGCUUAACAUUGAUCAAUUUGCUUGGAGUGAUGGUGGUAGAAUAAAGACACAAUUUCCUGCACAGGUCCUCAUCUCUAUGAAGACUCACUGUUUUCCAGUUCCAGAGUCUCAAUUCCAAAGUGUGAUCCGUGACAAUUAUUACAGACCUCGUCACUUCUUCUUUGAGCUAGACCAUGAACAAACAAGAGCUUUGAUAUCUUUGUUUAAGCCUGCCCCUGUUCAUGAUGUUCCAAACAAAUUGGAUCCUUCCAGAUCUCUGCAAUCUCCAACAGUCGAAGCAUAUGUUAAUCCUGGUCAUGCGAAGCCUGAGUCCUAUAUAAAGGAUCUCAAUCCAUUUGAUGUUUCUUCUGAAUCUCAUUGUAUUGACCCUUACAAGUUGGUUGAUCCAGAUGGUGAAUAUGCUAGUACGAGUAGAACAUCAACAAGCCACCUUGACGAUCAGUCUUCUAACUGGGAUGAAUUAGAUGAUGUUGCGACCACCAAGGAAGGAACUGAAUCUGUCAAUGAUGAGCACCCACAUAUUAAUCCAAAACAUGAUGAACAGUAUGGCAUAGUGGCUGUUAGGCGGAAACUACAAGAGAUGUCUGUUUUACGACAGCAGGAGGCUCAAUCCUCCAAGGACACUGUUGAUUCUGCUUCAAAUAAACCAAUGCCUCGAGAACCACAGUUUGAUGCCACACUCCCCACAGACCCAUCUGAUUCCACCUCAAAGGGUGAUGUACGUAUUGAAGACCUGAAAUCAUUAGGGCAAUCUCGUGGAAAUGCUGAGCUGCUUCACAUCGUCAAAGAGUUAUCCAAGAGGAACCAAGCAAUGGAGAAAAAACUGUUUGAGUCAGAUAAAGAAAUACUGUUUCUGAGGGAAUCGAUGAAGGACACAGGAAGAAGAAUUCAGGAACUGGAAUACCAGUAUGAGAAACUACAAUCAAACUAUAACUCUUUGGUCCCACUCCUUGGUAGUCCACAUGAUAAUAUGGAAGGACCAUCAAUAUUUCUAAUAGGUGGCUAUAGGGGCAGUACUUGCCUGUCAUCACUAGAUUCCUUUUGCCCUACGACGGACAGAGUAGUGCCUCUGUGUUCAAUGAGCUCAGCCCGUGCAUAUGCAGCAGUAGCUGCAUUGAAGGAUCAUCUCUAUAUUUUUGGUGGUGGGAAUGGCAGUUCAUGGUAUCACAAAGUGGAAUGCUACAGUAUGGGCAGUAAUAAAUGGAUAACAUGCCCCCGUUUGAAACAUGCAAAAGGAAGCCUUGCUGGAACUACAUUGAAUGAUAAAAUAUUUGCUAUUGGUGGUGGAGAUGGGUCUGCAGUUUUCUCAGAAGUUGAGAUGUUUGAUCCAGCACUUGGGAGAUGGAUAGACAAUGUGUCAAUGCGGCAAAAGAGAUUUGCACCUGCUGCAGCCGUAUUAAGUGGUACACUCUAUGUAACUGGUGGUUAUGAUGGCAACACGUACUUACAAUCAGCAGAAAGAUAUGACCCAAGGGAAGGGUUCUGGACUCUGCUUCCAAGUAUGAGUGCAAGAAGAGGAUCCCACUCCGUAGCUGUCAUGAGGGAAUCCUUAUUCGCUGUGGGAGGGUAUGAUGGAAACAGCAAGAUUUCCACUGUAGAGAUAUUUGAUCCGCGUGCCAAUUCAUGGAGGAUAGGCAGUUCAUCCAGCAUCGCAAGAGGAUAUGGAUGUGCGGUGACAGUGGAUGAUAAUCUGUACCUCAUUGGUGGUGUCAAUGAUGCUGGAGAAACUAUCGAGACUGUUGAAGUUUACAAUGAGAGCCAAGGCUGGUUGAUCUCUGGCUGCAGAUCCAUAGGGAGGAGGGCCUUUGCCUGCGCUAUCACCGUUUGACAGGACCACGGAUCUCAUAGCCUACCAAUUUUUUGGAACCAGAGUUAUGGUUUUGCAGCCUUUGCCCUCUUGCUGAUUCUACACAUUGGUCAGAGUAUACCUUCUUCCCAAAACAGUCACUGGGUUGAGAAAAAUUUUGCACCCUCCUUCCGCCCCAACUUAUACUACUUCCAUCCGUGGAUAAAUCAACUUUUAGAGUCGACUUGAGUCAAACUUUUGCAAGUUUGAUUGAAUUUAUAGACCAGUAUUUUUGACACAAAAUUAUUGGAUACACCAUGAAAUAUAUUUUUCAUAGUGUACUCAUUUAGUGUCAUAGAAGUUAAUAUUCUUUCCUAUAAAAUUGGUCAAACUUACAAAAGUUUGGUUUAGGACAACUCUAAAAGUUGUUUUAUUUGGGGACGGAAGGAGUAUAAGACAAAGCCACCUAUUUUUCUGGUAGUGCAUUUGGGAAUUGACAAUCACAGAAUGCCACCAAAUGGUUAAGGCCACAGUAGCAUGUUCUGUUGUGAAACGUUCAGGCAGACUGCUGCAUUGCACUUUUGAGAAACUAGAUAUGGUAUAGGUGAUGAGGCAGUCUACUGAAUUGUUUGAGGGAACCUUGAGCAUUAUUUCUUGCUCCGUAAUUGCUGAAUGCUGAUGAUAGCAAUAGCAAUCUAGCUAGCUCUGGCAGCUCUGAUUGGCAGCCGGUGGAUAUGAUUGUUGCAAAGAAAUCGCUCUGUUUGCUCU